AUGACAACAAAGAAUACGCUUUUUCAGUUUCAGAAUAAACCCAUUAGUCUGGAAGAUUUGGAGGCGUUGUAUGCCAAUGGAUCUGUCACUCCAGAUGACAGUAUUUCAAUCACUGAACGUACACGUUCAGUCACCUAUGAAAUCAGUUUUCUGAUAUAUCUGUACGGAGAAGAACAUCCAUUUCGACGAAUUCCAAGACCAGAAAUUUCAAAAAAUGUGGGCGGAGCCUUCGGCGAGUUGGGAACUUUUACAGAAAUUUCAAUUCCUUUCGAGACAAUUCCAUUGCUCAGCUCUUAUCAUGGAAUCAAUAAGAAGAAAUUGGAAGUUGAAGAUAUCCAACUUCUCAAGAAUUUGUUCGAAAAGUUGAAAGACUGCAAAGUGUGCAAUCAUGCUAUUCUCACGAAGAGUUUCCGCAAAUCACUCGGACACAUUUUUUCUGAAGAACAUUUAUCAAAAUUAAGAGGAAUUUCCAAUAGAGAAAUCAAUUUUUACAUCAAUACUUUCGGUUUGGAAUCGAUGAUUCGAGAACAGAAAAUUGGAAAUUGGCAACAGGUUUUGGCAUUGAAAAAUUUGUCACUGGUCGAUUUUGAUAUACAAUCGGAAAUAGUACCAGUCGCUCUUCGAGAAUCAAAAAUCUCAACUCUCCAUCAAAUUUUCAAUUCUUUGGAUUCCAAAAUUUGGUCCACAAGAAUUCCACCAAUUUCCAAACUUCCGGAUACUGUAGUUUGUGUCGCUUGCUCAAAACUUCCAAAUAUUUUUAAGCUGAGUAAUGUGGAAAUCACCGCCCAUCUGUUUUCAGACUCUCAUUUAUUCUAUCUCAUCCAAUUUGGUUUCACCCAAAAAGACUACGAUUGGUGGGAGCAAUUUUUGAAGAACUUGGCUGAAUUUACAGUAAUCCAAAAAAAAGAUACAACGACUGAGAACGGUCAAAGAGAUGCGGAAGAACUUCCCGAAUCAUCUGAAGUCUCUUCUGGACCAAUCGCAAUUCCAAAAGUUAUCAAGGCAUCUGGAAAAGGGAGUUGGCAAUUUCAGGAUUAUCCACUAUUUCAUCCGAACAAUCAGCCAGAUAAUAAUUCAAUCACUGGUCAAGAAUUGAUUCAUGAAAUGGAAAAAUUGAAGAAAAUGAUAACUCUUGAACCGAUGCCUGAAGAAUAUAAGGAAUACUUCUUUUUUGUCAAUGCCAGAUUUCCAAAAAUGGGAUUAAGGGACCGAGCGGCCUUCUGUCGUUUCUGUGACCAUAUACCGCUGUCGCCAAUGGCAUUUUUUGUUCAUCUGUUCAGUGAUGAGCAUAUCUCGAAUUUAUCGAAAUUCAAAAUCUCCAAAUCUUCUUUCGAGUUCUGGGCCAACCAUUUGAAUCAUUGCCGGCGAAUCGCAGCAUUUCGAAAAUCCCAUGAAAUGAGUUAUCUUCCAUUGUUCGAUGGAGAUAUUUGGGAUUCGGAUAAGAGUCGAUUGGAGAAAGAGGAAAUUCAAAGUCUCGUUGAAUCCUUUUCCAACAUUUCGGAGGAUGAUUUCAUCAAUGAGAAGGUUUACGUAUCGGUGAUCUUUAGAAAUCCCAAGUUUAAGGAUUACUGCCAAGCUUGCAACACUCAAAUGCCACUACGAAUCUAUCAUUACGCGAAGCAUCUAUACUCCGAAGAACAUUUAUCCAAUAUUCGUGAAGUUUCACAAAGAGACAUUGACUUUUGGAUGCACGCCUUCAGAAUUCCCGCUUUUGAGUUCAUGGAUCCAUCGUUAGAUGAGACGAUAAUAUACAAACCAAUUUUCGACGAGAUCCCUUUGUUGGAAACAUAUGGAGGACCAAAGAAGCUGAACUAUUCGGUGAUCGAGCAACUCGUGAAAUUGGCGGAAAACUUGAAAGCGGGAAGAGGAAACGAGUAUUUGUCGAAUUUCUAUGACAUGUUUGCGAUUCCACGCCGAUGCAACACUUGUGGUAUAGAGUUUCCGAAUCUUUUCAACAAUCGAAAAAACAUCUUCCCAGUUACGAAGCACAUUCUCUCGGAACGUCAUCUAAAAAAACUUUUCGGAGUUCCACAGGCUCAUGUCAAUUUUUGGAUCAAUUUUUUGCAUCUUGAAGUUAACGAGAAAAAGAUAAGACCAGUUGAUAAAGUUAGAAUUUUGUCUAGGAAAAAUACCUGUCCAAUUCCAUUGAUUGAUUUCAAGUUGGAGUCGGAUUUUAUGGAACAAAACGAACGACUUCCGAAAAUCGAUUGGCUUUACGGGAUUUUUGAAAAAAUCAAAGAGGACGAGUUGAAAAAUGAGCCUAUUAAGUUGGGGAAUACAGGAAAAGAGUUAGUGGCACAGGAAGUCAUUUGUUAUGCUUGUGAACGAGCGAAAGAAAGUUUCGAGAAUAAUUUUCAACUAGUGACACAUAUUUUUUCAAGACGACAUGUUAAUUAUCUCCUCAAAUUUGGUUUUUCUGAAAAAGCAUUCAUAUGGUGGAAGAACACUCUAGAAUCGCUCGUCAAUCCCGAAGAUCUUAAAAUUCUGGAAAUUUCGGGACCAAUCGAGGAGAAGCCUCAAUCCAUCCAAAAUGAAGAAGCGAUGUCAGAAGCUUUAGAGAAAUUGAAGAACUGUGACAUUCCAAGGAUACCAUUAUUGGACAAACCAGAAGACGGAGUUGAGAUGAGCCAUUCCACUAGAAAUCCUCUCUGGAUUCUUGGUGCACGCAUAAGAGAGCGUUGUACCGAGCGGCAAAUAUUGAGAGCGCAGAGCAUGAUAUUCUAUGAAAUUCGUUGCACAUUUUGCGAUGAAAAUUUUCAAGCAAUUAAACUCGGAAACCUAUUAUAUACAUUUUGGCACAUUGCUUCUCGUGGGCAUUGGGAGAAGAUGAACUACAUGGCGCCAACAUCAGAGCUACAGUACUGGAAAACCUGGGCAAACUGUAUUAUUCAAGAUACAAUUGUAGAAAACAUCCCAAAGGUGCCAAUGUUGGAUCGUCCUGAUUCUCAGCCAAACGAGGCUGUGCUUUGGACCUGUUCCUACUGUAGUGAUUUGAAAUUGUUUGUCUAUUUUGGUACAAAGUUAGAGGCUUGGGAUCAUAUCACAUCUGAUGAGCAUAAGGAAAAGAUGGUUAAUAAGUGCACCGAGGCUGAACUAGAAUAUUGGAAGGAAUGGAUCACAAAUCUGGAGAUCAUGUCAAUGAAAUAUGAGAAAAAAGAUUACGAUAUUUGCCAACGCCUUCACGGAGACAUUUAUGAUAGGCAGCGAAAUUCUCCACGAGUCCCGCUUAUCGACCUACCACAGCCAUUUGACACUAAAAUAUCGAGAGACCGCUUCAAACUAGUAUACAAUGGAAAUCGCGAGCUUUUGAGCAUUCUAAAACCGUGUGAAAUCACUGAAAAGCAUGUCGAUGUAACAUGUCAUCACUGUCCAGGAUCACCGAAAUUCGCCACUGUUUGGGAGACGAUGCAACACGUGUUCAAUGAAAUUCAUGCUCAGAAUAUCAAUUACAUUGGAACAUCGAAGGAUUUUUUUCACUAUAAGCUACUACUGAAACGAGUUCUGGUCAAACAGCCAUUGCCAGAGCCUCGUGAACAAACAUCAAUACCAAAACCAACAUCGAAGGAACUCUGCUACAAACUGGAAAUGUGUGUACUUCCACUUUUCCCCUCCCCUCUAUUCAGAGAAACUGGCAAGUACUGUCGCGGACCAACGAAUCGACAAAUCCUUUUCAUUCAAAGUUUGAGAGUCAGAGAAGAUGUCAAGUUUUUCGAGAAACCUAUGAAGUGCUUACUGUGUCAACUGGAUAUGUCGAACUUCUCAAUUUUAGAUGUUGCACGUCACGCAUUUUCAAUCAAACAUCUUGAAAAAGCUCUGAGUCGUUGCAACAUGUUUUUCGUUGAGGAAUUCGAGUGGUGGAUGGAAAAACUGAAGACGUCGUCGAAUUUGAUACCUUCUGAACCAUCAGAAUCUGCAGAAUACUACGUCGGUGGAUUAAAAACAAUUAUUGGGAACAGAUAUAUUCCAGUUUUCGAAAAACUCACCGAGAAAGAAUUGAAUUUGAUUUCAAAUGUGGAUGAGCAGAAGGUUCGAGAAAAUGAGGAAGUUUUGUUGAGACGGUUCGGCGGAUGCAUCUACUGUGACUUAUGGAUUCCGACACCAACUGAUAUCUUCCCUCAUUUCUUUUCUGAGCAACAUUUUGAGAAGGUCCGUGAGCAUCAUCCAGUGAAGCAGUUUGAUGUGGACGAUGUGAUGAGUCUUGUGAAAUUGUGCCAGAAAUCGGAUUGUUGA